AUGGCUACCGGCAACAGAAUAUGGCUUCCGAUCACCGAGCGAGAAAGGGUCAUGCAGAUCGACAGGGCGGUCAGAACGCGUAAGACUCUCUAUCACUCGCGAUAUCACUCUGCCGAGGCAUUCGUCUUCUUCGCGGACGUGAAGCACGCAGCGCGAGCAGGCCAGCUGCGCGACAAGAUUCCCAAUGCCCUAUUCUUCUACGACAUAUUCACUCCAGAGGUCAUCCGAGACACGUGCAUGUCGAAGUGUUUGGAGGAGGACGGCUGUCCCAUGUCAAGACUAGCCACCUUCAUGUUCGCAGCGGUCGCCAAGGGCACUGUCUACGUCGUGCUUGACAGUCGAGCAGAUGUUGUUCAGCCCCUAAAAAGAUUUGGCAUGGGCCGGAACGACUUCUGGAACCAUGUCCAGGCCGGUGUUCUGACAAGUGCAUGCUCGAAGAUAAGACAAAUGGUCAGAGUCGACGCGGAUAACUUUGCUCUUAGAGGGACGGUCUGGAAACGUGGCCAAAAGAGAUGGGAUGUGCCAGAAGACGCCUUUUCAUACAAUGUCAUGCCUGGAGUGGCAUUAUUCGACGGGUAUGUUGGUGACAUCGAACGACCGCUGUGCGCACCCGACCAUUGUUGGCCUCAAAGUGGUAGUUCGACGGAUAUGAUCUUGCAUCAAGAAGCAAACUUGGCGGCACAAACCCAGGGCGUCCUACAUAGGCAAACGCGGAGUUUGCAGAAGGGCCCUUUGUCAAGGGACAAAGAAGCUUACAAGGAUGGAAACCUCUGCUCGUAA